AUGGAACCCUUCGAGUGCAGGGAUUGGGGGUAUUAUUUUGUCCGUGGUUUCCUCAAGACGUUGUCCCCUGUGGGUGCUCGGGUGUCAGUCAAGCCAGCAGUUUCCACUGGCUCGGCCCAGGAGGGCCCCUGCUUGGAUAUUGAUAACCAGGACGAGACAAUGGCAGUUGCGCCCCUUUAUAAAGACGAUUGCGACGUGGAACGGGGCGAUCAGGUAUUCAACGAUAGGGUCGUCAUCAACGUCUCUGGGCUGCGUUUCGAAACUCACGUGAAAACUCUCUCACGCUUCCCUACCACGCUGUUGGGAGAUCCUAGUAAAAGGAUGCUCUUUUUUGAUCCUUUGAGGAAUGAGUACUUUUUCGAUAGGAAUAGACCCAGCUUUGAAGCAAUCCUCUAUUAUUACCAAUCUGGAGGACGACUCAGGAGACCUGUCAACGUCACCAUGGACAUUUUCAUGGAAGAAAUUACGUUUUAUGAAAUUGAAGAGGAGGCCAUAGAAAUGUUCAAAGGUGGUGAAGGAAUAAUACCAGAGGUGGAACCUCCGAUGCCUGAAAACGACUUUCAGCGACAGAUGUGGUUGUUAUUUGAGUACCCGGAAAGCUCGGGGCCUGCCCGGAUGAUCGCAGUCGUAUCCGUCAGCGUGAUUGUGAUUUCUAUAGUAAUAUUUUGUUUGGAGACUUUACCACAAUUCAGAGACGACAGCGCAGGCCUAAAACUCAGUAAUGACCUCACCACAAACGGGACGCCUUUAAAUAAAAAGCCCAAUCUAUUCACUGAUCCGUUUUUUGUAGUUGAGACACUUUGCAUUGUGUGGUUUUCCUUUGAAUUCGUCGUAAGAUUUCUAUCUUGUCCCAGCAAACCCGCUUUCUUCAAAAACGCGAUGAACUCAAUAGACAUCCUGGCGAUUGCACCCUAUUUCAUUACCCUUGGGCUUGAACUGGGCGAGCUACGGGGAGAAGGCGGCGAGCAGGCCACGUCGUUGGCCAUACUCAGGGUCGUCCGCCUGGUCCGAGUCUUCAGGAUUUUUAAACUUUCCAGGCACUCCAAGGGUCUCCAAAUCCUGGGCCAGACACUCAACGCCAGCGUCAGCGAACUCUGUCUCUUGGGAUUGUUUCUUCUCAUUGGAGUGGUUCUGUUCUCCAGUGCCGUUUACUUUGCAGAGGCAGACGACCCUGGAUCUACAUUUUCGAGUAUCCCCGCUGCGUUCUGGUGGGCGGUGGUAUCCAUGACUACAGUUGGUUACGGAGACAUGUGCCCGGUUACUAUUAUCGGCAAAAUAGUGGGAUCCUUGUGCGCCGUCGCGGGUGUGCUGACCAUAGCCCUGCCGGUUCCUGUCAUCGUGUCCAAUUUUAAUUACUUUUAUCACCGAGGGCGCAAUGACGAGGAAACCGUUGUGUAUACCCGCGUGACGUGUGGUCAACAGAAAGCUUCAUUUGGCGAAUACAAAUCGACCAGCAACAGUAAGCAGUCCCUCAGCAAUACCGAGUACCUGGAUCAGGGUUCUUUAGAAAAAGGUUUCAGAUGUAUAAACGUCAACUUAUUUGAAGAUUACAGUGGCAAGCUAACUGAUGUAUGAACAACGACUGUUAGUGAUUUAUCUCAACCCGUCCAGAUAUGCAGUAGACUACCUGUACCUCCAAAACUCAAGAACGCAAAAUCAACAAUUCUCCAGGAACUACUUGACCAGCAACGCAAGAUGACAGAUGCUGCUUCAUCAUCCUACAUAAAGCUUG